UUCCCGGCAAUGGCCCAACGGCCCCAAACGCGUAGAACGUAACAUGCAUGGGGAUCCAUAUUAAUGGCUUCUUCAUCCACUUGCUUAUUAAUGUUUACCACUCUUAAGAUUCAUCUAUCUACUAUAAAAGGCAAUGUUUAGUUCCAGUACCUGAUACUACAGGAAAAAAAAAGAGAGGAGACAUUACAGUUUCUUUCUCUUAGGGAUGGAACUCGAGAGUGUUACAUGUUUGAUUCUUUUUUUAGUUUUGCUUAACUUGAGUGUGGAAUGUGUUCUUGGGGAUGGGUCUGUGGUGGGUCCUGUGAGGUAUAGGGACGAUGAUUGUAGGUGGGGUCGGAGGUGUGGUGGACGUGGCCGGUUUGGACGCGGUGGUGGUGGAGGUUUUGGAGGAGGUGGAGGUAGAGGUGGUGGUGGCGGAAUUGGGGGUGGUGCAGGGAACGGUGGAGGUUUUGGAGCUGGCGGUGGAAUUGGUGGCGGAGCGGGAGGGGGAGUUGGUGGUGGAGGUGGAGCUGGUGGCGGUGGAGGAGGAGGUAUUGGUGGUGGCUCAGGUCAUGGCGGAGGAUUUGGAGCGGGAGGAGGAGUUGGUGGAGGAGCUGGUGGGGGAAUUGGUGGUGGAGGUGGAGCUGGUGGCGGUGGAGGUGGGGGUACUGGAGGAGGUUCCGGCCAUGGUGGUGGGUUUGGAGCUGGAGGAGGAGUUGGUGGCGGAGCCGGUGGAGGAUUAGGUGGUGGAGGUGGAGCUGGUGGUGGUGGAGGAGGAGGUGUUGGAGGUGGUUCCGGCCAUGGUGGCGGAUUUGGAGCUGGAGGAGGAAUUGGUGGCGGAGCUGGAGGAGGAAUCGGGGGUGGAGGUGGUGCUGGUGGAGGCGGAGGUAUUGGCGGUGGUUCCGGUCACGGCGGUGGAUUUGGAGCAGGUGGAGGUGUUGGUGGUGGGGUUGGUGCAGGUGGAGGAGUUGGUGGUGGUGGAGGAGCUGGCGGGGGUGGAGGCGGUGGUGUUGGGGGAGGAUCCGGCCAUGGUGGUGGAUUUGGAGCGGGAGGAGGAAUCGGUGGUGGUGGAGGUGGUGGCGGCGGUGGAGGCGGCGGUGGUGCUGGUGGUGGAUCUGGUCAUGGUGGUGGUUUUGGAGCUGGAGGGGGAGUUGGUGGUGGAGCGGGAGGAGUUGGGGGAGGCGGUGGUCUAGGUGGUGGUGGCGGCGCUGGUGGAGGUCAUGGGAUAGGACAUGGCGGAGGAGGAGGCUUUGGGAUUGGAAUAGGAAUCGGUGUUGGGGUUGGUGGAGGCUCCGGUCAAGGGUUUGGCAGCGGAAGCGGUAGUGCCGGUGGCGGACACCGUUAAUCAGAGCUCUUAUUAACACUCGCGUUUUAGUGCACUCGACAGUUCAACUACUACGACGUCGACGUACUUGUGAUUCUACUUUUGUCAUGCAUGAAAACAAAGCAAAAUGUAUGCUAAAUCAUUUUUCAUUUCAAGAUGUGUUUUCUUUUAUUUUUGUGUAAGAAUGUUUUGGGAAAACCAAUAAAAAUAUUGAAUAUGGAUUAA